AAUCGCCUGCAGCAAACGAGAUUAGUUCGUUAAGAUGGCUCAUAAGCACGAGGUCACGGGAAGAAGGGAGACGGUGAUCGACAUUGGGGGAAUAAAGCCCCCUUCAAGUUUCACGGGUGGGCUGGAGUUCUCCGGGCUGACUUACACCGUAACGAAGAAGCAGAAGGCCGCAGACGGAGAAUGGGCAUCGCAGGAGGUGGACCUGCUGCACCGGAUCACAGGGUAUGCCCCAAAGAGAUGCGUCACUGCCGUGAUGGGGCCCAGCGGAGCCGGCAAGUCCACCUUCCUGGAUGGCCUGGCUGGCCGCAUAGCCAGCGGCAGCCUCCGAGGGAAGGUGUCCCUCGAUGGCACCGAGAUGAGCCCCGCCGUCGUCAAGCGCACCUCCGCCUACAUCAUGCAGGACGAUCGCCUCUUCCCCAUGCUCACCGUCUACGAGACCCUCAUGUUCGCUGCCGAUUUCCGCCUCGGCUCCAUCUCCUAUGCCGACAAGAAGGAGAAGGUGGAAAAGCUCAUCGAGCAGCUCGGCUUAACGUCAUCACGGAACACGUACAUCGGCGACGAGGGCACGCGCGGAGUGUCCGGCGGGGAGCGGCGGCGCGUGUCGAUCGGGGUGGACAUCAUUCAUGGGCCGGCGCUGCUGUUCCUGGAUGAGCCCACGUCGGGGCUGGAUUCGACGAGCGCGCACAGCGUGAUAGAGAGGGUGCACCACAUCGCCCGCUCCGGUAGCACCGUGAUCCUGACCAUCCACCAGCCCUCCUACCGCAUCCAGAUGCUGCUGGACCACCUCAUCAUCCUGGCGCGGGGGCAGCUCAUGUUCAUCGGCCCUCCCAAGGACGUGGGCCCCCACCUGGGCCGCAUGGGCUGCAAGGUUCCCAAGGGGGAGAACUCCAUCGAGUACCUGCUCGACGUCAUCCAGGAGUACGACCAGUCGGACAUCGGCGUCGCCGUGCUCGCCGACUUCUGCCUCACGGGGCUGAAACCGCCACGCCUCUCCGCCGAGAGCGGCGGCCCCUACUCUGUCGCCUCCAGCGUCCCUCCCACGCCGGCCGAUGAUUCCGCAGCAGGUCGUCGCCGUAGUCUCCAGCAUAGCCACGCAGGAGGGGCAGCUGCAGAUGAGUUCGACCACAGCUUGAGGAGCCCCUGGGGAUCGUCCAAGUCCCCAUGGAGCGGCAGCCGGAGCGGCGUCAUCGAAUCGCUCAGGUUCACACCCUCCCGCCAGAGGAGGGAUCAGCAAAGAAGGCCACAGAAUCCUCCAAGCUUAUCUCCUGGCUACUACACCUACUCCCACGAGAUCCUGUCGAGCACGCCGACGCCCCACAGCAGCGACUACACUGUGAACGAGGAUGACUACCAGAGCCCGAACGUGCGGGCGGAGGUGUGGGUACUGAUGCGGCGCAACUUCACCAACAUCUGGCGCACGCCGGAGCUGUUUCUGUCCCGCCAGAUGGUGCUGACCGUUAUGGGCCUGAUGAUGGCCACCAUGUUCCUCAAGCCCAAGGACACCCCCCAGGGCAUCACCAACCGCCUCAGCUUCUUCAUCUUCACCGUCUGCCUCUUCUUCUUCUCCUCCAACGACGCCGUCCCAGCCUUCAUCCAGGAGCGCUUCAUCUUCAUUCGCGAGACCUCCCACAAUGCCUACCGCGCCUCCUCCUACACUGCCGCCAGCCUCGUCACCUACCUCCCCUUCCUCCUCCUGCAGGCCGCCACCUACGCCGGCAUAGUCUGGUUCGCGCUCGGCCUCCGCGGCAGCUUCCUCUACUUUCUCGUCAUGCUCUACAUGUCGCUGCUGUCCACCAACUCCUUCGUCGUCUUCGUCAGCUCCGUCGUUCCCAACUUCAUCCUCGGGUAUGCGGCCGUCAUCGCCUUCACCGCCCUCUUCUUCCUGUUCUGCGGAUACUUCCUCAGCAGCCACAGCAUCCCACGGGGCUGGAAGUGGAUGAACGCUGUCUCCACCAUGAAGUACCCCUACGAAGGGCUGCUCAUGAACGAGUUCCAGACGAACCGCACCUUCGCCCACGACUUGAUCGGCAGAGCCGUCACGGGUGAGGACAUCCUACGCCAGAUGUCUAUCAGCCUCAACGAGUCGGACAAGUGGAAGAUGGUGCUCUAUCUGCUGGGCUGGGCGGUGUUCUACCGCAUUCUUUUCUAUUUGGUUCUCCGGUUUGCAUCCAACAACCAGAGAAAGUGACGAAUUAAUGCCUCCUUCCAUUUCACGCCUCGCUUAAAAAGUAUGAAUCCCAAAAGGCGAAAAAUCGGGCACCGUGCAAUCCAAUCUGCACAAAAAUGCAACGACGAUCGACAGGGUUAUCCAUUACUGUUGCACGAGUGGUUUUAUGGUUCAAAAUCUAUAAUAUUUGAAAAAAUAUAUAUUGUAUAUUUUAUAUUUUGAAUAAUAAGUUUGUUAUCUAGUCACUA